AUGUCUGAGACUUUCCAAGAACUUGCUGAUAUCCCCAAGGACUUUGUCCGGGAGGGUUCCCAAUUUGUCCGCCGCUGCACCAAGCCCGAUAAGCGUGAAUUCAUCAAGAUCAGCCAGGCAGUUGGCAUGGGCUUCCUCGUUAUGGGAGCCAUUGGGUACUUCGUCAAGCUGAUUCACAUUCCUGUCAACCAAGUGCUGGUCGGCGGCGCAUAA